AUGCAGACUGCAAUGGUAGAACUUGGCAUGGUCGAGUGGUUGGUAGAUCUACUUGAACUCACUGACAAUCAGUCCGACUACACGCUGGAGUACGCCGUGGCGUUGCUCAUGAACCUUAGUCUUCGAACUGCAGGCAAGCAACGCUGUGUACCAAUGAGUAACCGAGUUCUCAAAUUGCUGACGGAUCUCAUAAGUCAUGAGAAUACCAGCAUCCUUUCCUACGUCAAUGGAGCUCUCUUUUCAAUUCUCUCACUUCCGGAGUUACAGCGUACGGCAGAAGCCAUGGACCUUGAAGGCAUUCUGCGGUGCUUUAUGCGGAGCGAUCAGCCAGAGUUGAAUCGUCAAUUCGAAUUCAUUAUUAAGCAGAUGAAUUCGGUUGACAUCCAAUCGGCGAACGACUCCAAUGAUGAGGAUGAUGACGAGUACGAUGAUGAAGAAGAUGCCGAGCAGAUGGAGCUUGAAAUCGACAAGGACGAUGAGUUCUUUGAGAUGACCAGUAGACGCCCACCGUUUGGUAGCCGUGCGCCCCCAGAGAACCGUCCUGCCUACCCCAACUCCCAUGGUUAUGAGCUGACUGGAGAACAACUUCUACAAAAAGAUUACAGAGUGAUGAAGGAGACCAACCGGGGCGGUAAAACGGGUCAGGAAACCCAGAAUCUGGGUGUGCCGCACGUCCAGCACUAUGAGACAGAGAGUCAUCUCAAUGGCGGUGGUCUCCUUCGUCGUCCUUCAACACCCGGUCGAGCACGUGCAGGAAUGGAUUCUCAGUUGUACCAAUCCACCAACUCUAAGAACUUGAAAUCUAAAAACACGCCGCCGGCUAUUCCUGAGGACGGCUCGGCUGGAAAUAACAAUCCGCCAAAAAAUGCAGGCAGUCUCCUGUUCAAUCUCCUUAAAGACAUAAUGAAGAUUUCGCACGACGAGGGGACAAAGAUUCCCACGGUCACGAAAACCGUGUCUUCGGCAGGUAGCUCCAAAUUAGAAAGCCAUCCCGAGUAUCAGAAGGCCUUUAACAGCCGCCCGCGAAUCCUCCGGACUCCUGAACACAAGAGGAUGACUGCGUCAACGGAGCGCAGUACGCCACGGGGCGACCCUGUGGGUGCUGAUCGUCCCGGCAACUCACGCUCAAGUCGAACACGACCAACUUCAGGUGGGAAGACAAAAUUUAUACUAAGACCGAUU